CAAAUUCGAACUUUGCCCUCUACUCCAUCCUGGUUAGUUUUUCUUCUUCUUCUUCUCUGUUUUUUCUCCAGAUUUUUCUGUCACUCUCUGCGUCAGUAGCAUCUCAGGCAAGUCGCAUUACGAGCUCUUCGAAUUCAGAUUCGGAUCACGCAUUCGAACGCGGGUGGAUCCGCUAAAGCUGACCGUCUUUGGUGCUCCUGAUUGAAAGUUCGUUAUUCUGUGAAAAUUCAUACGAAUUUUUGGUAGUUUGUUUUGGAUGUGAAUAACGUUAUUUUGUUUAUAGAAUUGGCUUAAAUUGUAAGUUAAUUUUUUUCUUUUUCUAAUAAAUUACUUCUAUGAUUCUCAUGGUUUCUGUGAAAAUUUAGCGUCCAAGGAAGAAAUGUUGAUAUAAUAUUUCGUAUUUAUUAAUUUUUAAGUUUUCGUUUUCUGUAGCUGUAGCAGUAGCUGUGAAAUCAUGAUUUAUUUUAUUUUAUCUUGUUUUAUUUUAUUUUUUGUUUUUGGUUUUAUGCUAAUCCUGAAUUUUCAAAAUGAUCAAUUAGAGUGUUAGGGUUCUUAAGGGAGAAUUUCGUUUAGAUAGAUAGGCAAUAGUUCAGUCGCAGCCUGAGUAUAUAUAGGACGGUAAUUAGUAGUGACUUUUGAGUCGUUGGAAAAUGAUCUUGGAAGAUGACCAUGGUCAUCAGUAGCAUAUUUUAUGUGAUUUUGGCCUGAAAUCUUGAUUUGAAGAUUAGUGAUUUGGAUUGAAAUUAUCUUUAGUAUUGUGCUUGACUUCAGGUUGCAUGGAAAUUGUUUGUUUCUUGUUGUUCUGAGUUUUGAUGGAUUGGUUAGUUUGUUGUUUUGUUGGUUGUUUUUUCUUAAAUUUUGGCGCAAUUUGAUGCCGGUGUUGAUAUCUUGUGUCAUUUGUUAACGGUUUUGUUGUCGAUUUGUUACAUUUGACCUAUAUAAUACAAUUAAUUUGGACUUGUAGUUCAAUGGAAAUAAUUAAGUUGGACAUCUAGUUAUUUUCAAUGAAACUAAUUAAGUAGAUUGCAUCAUGGAUUUUGGACUCUAUAAUGUUAAGAAAAUCCACCAACUUUGCCAUUGUUGAAUGACUGUUGAUUCUGUUUGAUGACAUAGUUUGUCGCAUUAUGGUGCCCUUUAUGGAAUCAUGUGCAUAAGGAAAUGGAAGCAUGUCCAUUGCAUUGAACCAUUGUUUCAAAGUAGUCUGUUGGAUUUAUUAAGGAUAUGAAUAUCUUCCUUACUUGUACAUGCAAAUAUUUUGAGCAUCAGAUUCAAAAAUUAUUAAAUCUACCUUCAGAAGAAGUCCCAGAAUAUUCUCUUAUCAUAUCUCGCGGUGGCUUUAUCAAUCUCUGCCAAAUUGAUAUUCUUAUUUACAGCUAUAAUUUGUUGUAAAAGAUUCAUCUGUAGCAGGAUUAUCACUGCUGAUUAAGAGACAUUUUCUUUCUAUUUUCAAUGUAGGACUGCCAUAACUACCUGUGUCCAAUGUUAUCACCAUAGAAAAAGAAGGGAAAAAAAAAGAAAAAGAAAAAAAAAAGGGGAGAGAAUGAUCUUGAUUUAAAGUUUUCUGCCUGCAUAUUUUUGUUACCUGACGUAGGUGACUAGUUGCAUAAAAACUAGCUGAAAGUGUGACAAAAGUUGAAGUGAUGUGAUGGACCCUUUGUCCUUGUGUAAUUUCAGGCAAUGUGCAUCAUUCUUGCUUAAAUGGCGCAUGCCUGUGCUGAAUUUUAUAUCUUGAGAGUGGGGCUAUAACAGCUGCAGAUCAUCAAGGUCAUUUUUGUUCCUGUUAGGUGGUGUUUCUCUAGGGGUGUUGUGCAGUGUUGUCAAAUUUGGAUGUCAGCGGUUGCUAACACCUGGGAGUGUGUUCAUAGUUCCUAGCAAGGUGUAUGCUUUAGGUUUUGGAUCUUAUUUGCAUCAUAACCCUUAUCUCUCUGGAUUCUUGAGUUUUCAUUGCAGGUCUAUAUUUGACUAUGUUCUGUGAACAAACAGCAUUUUGUUUGCUCAUUUCAUCUGCAUCAUUAUGAAAUAUUGUCAGUAGGAAUGAUUGAUUUCUUUGCUUUUCUUUACUCCAAAUUCAUUACUGGCCCUUUUCCCCUUCUAUCUCUUGAUUUGGUUUUUGCAUCCUCGAGUUACAAACAAGAUUAAUAGAGAUGACGUUUCUAGUCUUCAAUAGUCGGAAUUUGAUUCAUGGAGGAGAUUGUACUUUUAUUCUGGUGAUCAGGCCAUAACUUAUACUUCUGGUUGUACUCCACUCAUCUAUUUAGAUAAUAAAGAUACUCUUUUUAGGUUUCAAAUGGCUAAUUGCUAACUAAAGUGAAGCCACUAGAGUCUUAAUGGUAAAUUUAAGGGUGCUUGUUGGGUAAGUUCAGUUCUUGAAGAAGACUUGAUUCGGAAUCUCCAUUGGAGGUAGGCUUGUCCUUUAUGGACAAUCAUGAUAAACAAAUUUCUGCAAUCUCUCACACUAUUUCCCCUUUCCUUUUGUUGCUUUUUGAAUGCAUUUGAUUGUGUGAUAUAUUCCUUUUACCAUAGGUUGGGACGUCUAUUGAUCGUGCCCAGUAUAGUUGGAUUUGGUUCUGGGACUUCUUCAAGGAAUCAAGUGAUCAUGCAAUCCUAUUGCUUACUUUUAACAGCUGGAGGCUCUGGAGUACUUCAGUGCUGGAUUUUAUUUAUUAUAUGGGAUUCUUAUAGGUCUACUAGUUUUGAUGAAUCCAUCUCUUGAAGAAAUGCUGAUGGAGCUGUUCAACCUUGCUUGGAUUUUGUUGUUGCUGAUUUCAAUUAUCUGCAGCAAUGUAGAAGAAAGCAAGAGUUUCAUGGAGUGUUUGCGUGGCUUGAUCGGUUAAGUAAUAUGCCUUUUCAAGUUUUACUAUCAUUGCUAAAUAUGUUUUUGUAUGCAGGUGCUUAAGGCUUAUUGCCAGCUUCUAGCUAGCUAUUUAUCUCAUCUGGAGAUAUUCAAUGGGGAAAGUAGCAUUUACUGAAACUACAUCCGAGCAACUUGGAUCAAAAUGCAUGCAAGAUAUAACCUUAAAAGAUUAUGAAGCAGAGUGCACACACCCUUAUCCAUCUGACGAAGAGUGCAAGCUUGUGGAAGAAUCAAAGGAUCAUACAAAUGCUGUUGAAUUGCUGGACAAAGGAUACAUGCAGUAUGGAUGUCCACAUUACCGAAGGAGGUGUCGUAUCAGAGCUCCAUGUUGCAAUGAGAUUUUUGAUUGUCACCAUUGUCAUAAUGAUGCAAAGAACAAUAUCAAUGUGGACCAGAAGCUUAGACAUGACAUACCACGCCAUCAAGUGGAACAGGUGAUGUGUUCACUUUGUGGCACUGAACAAGAGGUUCAGCAAAUUUGUAUUAACUGUGGUGUAUGCAUGGGAAAUUACUUCUGUGAGACUUGCAAGCUAUUUGAUGAUGAUAUAUCUAAGAAACAAUAUCAUUGUAGUGGCUGUGGCAUUUGCAGGAUUGGAGGGCGUGAGAAUUUCUUCCACUGCUACAAGUGUGGUUGCUGCUACUCGAUGGUAUUAAAAAAUAGUCACCCUUGUGUGGAGGGUGCAAUGCAUCAUGACUGCCCUGUUUGCUUUGAGUAUCUAUUUGAAUCCAGAAAUGAUGUGACUGUCCUUCCAUGUGGACAUACUAUCCACGAGAAUUGCUUGAAGGAUAUGAGGGAACAUUAUCAAUUAUGUGACAGAUAUGCAUGCCCUCUUUGCUCCAAGUCUGUUUGUGACAUGUCCAAGGUAUGGGAGAAAUUUGACAUGGAGAUUGCAGCUACACCAAUGCCUCAACUAUAUCAAAAUAAAAAGGUUUGGAUACUAUGCAACGACUGCGGAAAAACCUCUCACGUGGACUACCAUGUUGUGGCUCAGAAAUGUCCGAACUGCAGAUCCUACAAUACUCGUCAAACAAGAGGCUGAGCAGUGAGCAUGUGGCAAUUUGAUUGCGAGAAAAAAAGAGUUUUGACAAUUGCUGUCACUGUGGUCACCAAGCUUGGGUUUUCCUUGCUUUUUUGAGCACCUGGUCAAGCAAAAUGAAGGAAAGAAAAGGAACUGUGGUCCUGCAGCUUGUUUAUCUCAUGGAGGGCGUCAGCCCAGCGUCCGCUUUCCUUCGUUGUCUCGUUUCGUUUCCCGUCUCUCGUUUAUCUUUUUACCGGUUAAUCAUUUUCCUUGCGUGGGAAUAAUUUAAGCUAUGUGUUGUGCUUUUUCAUGCAUUUAAGAGUUUCAGUAGCUUGUUUUUUCCCUUGGUUUUGUUCGUUUAUACUUUAAUGCUUUUUUUUACCUGCUGGGAAAGAAUCAAAUACAAGAAAGCAUUAGAGAGAAUAUACCAUUGGGCGAUGAUUGUACUUGGGAGGGAGUGAAUGUAAUAGAAACUUACAUCCAUUAUUUUUCCCA